GCUUGGGCCCGCGGCACCCCUGGGAGGCCCCACAGCCUGUUACCCCGAGAAAGCCCCUCCCCACGGGCGGAGACGGCGCCGAGAAGUCGCCGCCCCAGCCCCACCACCGGGCCAGUACCCCGAGGCCACGGCGGCAACGCCAAGUUCUCCAGCGGGCUGUCGUGGAGCAUGGGGUACUGAUGGCCAUGGAGGGCUACCGGGGCUUCCUGGGGCUGCUGGUGUCCGCGCUGCUCGUGGGCUUCCUGUCGGUGAUCUUCGUGCUCAUCUGGGUCCUGCACUUCCGAGAGGGGCUUGGCUGGGACGGCGGCGCGCUCGAGUUUAACUGGCACCCGGUGCUCGCGGUGACCGGCUUCGUCUUCAUCCAGGGCAUCGCCAUCAUCGUGUACAGACUGCCAUGGACCUGGAAAUGUAGCAAGCUCUUGAUGAAAUCCAUCCACGCGGGGUUAAACGCCGUGGCUGCCAUCCUUGCCAUCAUCUCCGUGGUGGCCGUGUUUGAGUACCACAAUGUCCGAAAAAUCCCCCACAUGUACAGUCUGCACAGCUGGGUUGGACUGACAGCGCUCAUCCUCUACAUCCAACAGCUUGUUGUAGGCUUUUUCGUCUUUCUGCUUCCAUGGGCGCCGCUCUCUCUCCGGGCAAUCAUCAUGCCCAUACAUGUGUAUUCUGGACUCCUCCUCUUCGGAACGGUGAUCGCGACGGUCCUCAUGGGAGUGACGGAGAAGCUGUUCUUUGUCCUGUUGUCUGCGUAUCCCAUGCACGCUGUGCUCUUGGAGGACAGAAGAGGGCGAAAAACCCAUCAUUCAUUCCCACCAGAAGGUGUUUUUACAAAUACCUUGGGCCUUCUGAUUCUGGUAUUUGGAGCCCUCAUCUUUUGGAUUGUCACCAGGCCACAAUGGAAACGCCCUAGGGAACCAGGCUCUAUCCCUCUUCAGCUAAAUGGCGGCGGCAACGCGGAUGGAAUGGAAGGCGCCGUAGCCAUAAGCUCCGCCCACAGUAUGGACCCAGCGGACGCAGAGUUGAGCAGCGAGGGAGCAGCCCGGAAAAGAACCCUCGGCCUCGCUGACAAUGGCCAGAGGUCCACCAUGUGAAAUGUUGAUGCAGCCACGUAACUUCUCUCCCAAAGUCAGCACUACAGUUUAGCUUCUCCUACCUAGCCAUAGGUGACUUGGGUUCAUAGGCCAGUGUAUAUUGUGGUUACCUAAGAGGAUUUCCUGUGAGUAAUUGUGUUGACUGAGGCCUAUGAACUUAGCAAAUGUAAAGGGACAUGAUCAAUAUAAAUUGUGAUUGUUUCAUUUUGGCUCUUGAGGACCUGGGCAUUGGAUGUACUGCACCCUUGGCCUCUUGCUAUGUUUGAUUCAUUCUGGGAGCGCAGUGAUUUCAGAAUUAAGUAGAGCCUCUCUUAACUUUUAAAAUAAGAUAAAUACCUGGAGCAGGAUUUGGACCAUUGUGCCACAUAGAUGUUGUGAGGAAAACAUGGUGUGUGGGGGGCAGAGGCAGAGGGGGGGGCAGAGGCGGUGGGGGGUGCUUUAGGAAAUAUCUAGCUCCCUCUCCAGAUAAUUUGGGCUCACAAAGACCCUGGACACAAGGCUGUUUUGGCGCAGUUGCUUAGUCGCAGACAGCGGAAGAGAUCUCUGGUUAGACUUGGACGAUUUUGUAACACUCAGUCCAGGGCCCGGACUCCUAGGAGCUUCACGGUUCAACUUCUGAACCCCUUGCAAUGCAAGCUCACCCUAGCUCAAGCCUCAUCAACCCGCCUUGCAUCCGCACACUGUGAAGGGUGCCCUCGAGUUGCUGUUUUUAUUUUCCAAAGUGCUUCCCAGCCUCUUACAGCGUGCUUUACAAAUAUUAGCUCCUUCUGUCUCCAGACAGACUCUGUGGGACAGGUAUUGUUACUACCCCCAUUUUUAGGUGACAGAUCUGAAGCUUGGAAAGAUUAGUAACUUGGCCCAACAUCACACAACUCUUUAAUUAAUGGAACUGACAUUCAAACCCUGGCAGUCUGGCUCCUCUGCCCAGGAUCCUAUAUUUCACCACACUCCUUCCAUAUUUAUUCUAAAUUGGCCGCGCUGUGGUCCACCUAUGAAUAAAGUUGCAGACGAAGGCUAAUGGAAUUGUUACAGGAUGCUGCCUUACCCUUGGUCCUCUCCCAAGGGGACCCCUUAGAUGAUGGGAAAGGAGCCAUAAAGACUUGGACGGAGCUCUUGGGGCCUCAGCCACUGCCAACAAGCCAGAGCCUGCCUAGAUGCCCUUUUAAUCUCAACAGGGCAUUUGUCUUGCUGACGAGAAGACCUGGACGAUGAUACUCACAGCCUUCACGAUGACGUCAUUAUCGAAUUGGUUCCUCAGACUCUUAGCUGCUGAACACAUUUUUUAUUUAGAGACACGUAUAUCCUGGGCUGCCCUUUCCUGGGACCAUAGGCAGAUUCAUUCCCUGUUUCUGUGGAAUCUGGAGUUCUUAGCAGGGAGCUGAGGUUUAGAUGAAAGCCACACAUACAUUAGCUCAUUCAAAAACUGCCUAACUGGCUCUGCGGCUGGGUUCUUCUUAGCCUUCCAUGGCUGGCAUGCCCUUGCCUUUACUCCUAGCUUACGAUCUCUAAAUUUGCCCUCAAUUUAGUUGCUCGGUUACUUUCUAUGAAUCCCAUCGGUCUUGCUGCCCAAGACGCUUUCAGACUGCCCUUCGUGAGCCCCUUUCCUUUAACACCUACAUUUUGGAAGCUCUUCCCUGUAGCUCUGAGACUGUUCCAUCUCUCUCCCACCCAAGUAUCCUGAUUUUCCCUUUUCUCCCCUCUCCUCUCUCUUACCCUUUGGGAUCCCGGAAGUCCCGCCUCUUUCUUUCCGCCCAGUCAUUGGCCAUUGGCUUCUUUAUUGAUAGGUCAAAAACCAAUUGGGGGCAAGGACCUUCAGUGUCCCGAUUAAAUCAAAGAAAGCAUCAGAACCACUCCUCUACAGAUGUCUGGUUCAGAUUGGUUGGGUUUUGGUUUCCCUGCAUUUUCUGAUUGAGACACUUGGGCACUAAAGUGUGAGCCUAUAGUUCCAGCUGCUUGAGAGGCUGAUAUUUGAGGCAUAAUUCAAGGCCAAGCCGGGGCAACCUAGUGACACUCUCUUGGGAUUUUGGUUUCUCUAGUAACCCAAGUUGGCUUCACUCUUUGUACAAUUAGAGGUGACCUUGAACAUGUGGUCCCCCUUGCCUUCAAGGCCCAAAUGCUGGUUUGCGGACAUGUGCCACCAGCCACCAAAACUUAGCACAGCUCUGUCUUUUAAAUAAAAAAAUAAAGCUGAACCAAACAAGAAUUUUAACAUGUUUGGUGUAUGGUGAACUUCCUUUUAGGUAACAAGAUUAUUUCCAAAAUCCAAAUACAACUUUCAGUCCAUCAGAUCUCCCAAACACCAUAAUAGCUCAGAAUCACUGCAAUAUAUCAUUGCUUUCUUCCCAUUAAUUAAGUUGAUUUCCAAAAAAACAGUAACAGCGUCAGAGGCACUAUGAAUGAGUGACCCCAGAUCAUUCUUCAGCUGGUGAGUUCAAGACAAGCCUGGGAUACAUGAUACCCUAUCUAUCUCAGAAGUAUUAUAAAUAAAUAAAAUCCACACACAUGCCAUGUAAGAGUAAUUACAUGAUUACACCAAACAGUUUGGGAAUUGAUGACUGACUAUAAAGAGCUGGGUCAAAUCCCAGGGUUUUGGGGGGCUCUGGGAGAGGGGGGAGGCUAGUAACUGAGCCCCAAGAGUCAUGGCUGCCUUUCCUUUCCACAAAGGCCCACAGAGGCUAUCAGUACAACGCUAAUUAUGUGGCACUAGAAUAGCUCCAUUGCAGAGUAUUUGAGUCCUCUCAGCCCUUCCUUUCCUCCCAAGUUGGCUAAUGGGAGGGUAAUAUUAUAGGUAUUCCUUUUCUUUCUUUUCCAGCUUUUAUGAAAGGAUGCAUAGCACAAUAUAUCGAAAAGAUCUUUCUAUUUGAGACUCUUCUUUUAAUGGGCUCUUUAUUCUAAUGAUAAUUAUACCUUUAUCUUUCAAAAGCUGAUGUUUCCUACCUAAAGCAUCCUCCCCUCCCAAAUAUCACAUUAAAAAGUCUGCAAAGAAUAGGGGAGAAGAAAGGCUUAGGUAUCAAUUCCAAACAGUGAUUGAAACCUCCCAAAAUAAUUAUAGCUUAUAUCUUUAGCAGAGAUUAUCUGGCGUGGCUUACCCCAUAAUCUAAUUUCAGGAAAGAAAGCUUUAUUUCAACAAUGAUCUACGUCAACAUGAAAGCCUCCUCUUUCCCGGGUCUUAGCAAGAAAUAGAAAUGAAUAUACUUUAUGGAAUUAAUGUCAUCAAAAAUGUACAGCUCUCCUGUGCUGUGUCAAACAGAGCUCAUUCUCCAUGGAACUUUCCUGCCUUAAGGAGUGCGGCUUUUGUUUAAUCCGUGCACUUAGAAACAGCAACUGGGACCUCUCAGUGAAAGGAUAGAUUAAGGCAAGCACACUUUUUAAGGACUGGUGACAAGUAGUUUCUUAAGGACUGGUGACAAGUAGUUUCUGUUUUCUAAAGGACAGCGAUGUAAAUUGCAUGUCUCAUUUUAAUUGGGCUUUCUUUCCCACCGAGCUGGAAGACCCAGGACCCACCCACUGACCAUGACUGCUCCUAGAAAAUGGAAAGGAGGAAGCCACAACUUAUGUGGACUUCAACUGCAACGUGGCAAGGUGUUUAUAGACAUGCACUUUUUAGAUAACUCCGGCAGGAAGCUGUAACUUCUAUAUCUAAUAGGGAUGCAGAAAAGACGAUGAUUGUUCUUCACUCGAGAGCUACUUGAGCACGUUAAGUGGAGGAACAAAUCUAUCUAUAAAUUUGUCUUUUUAUCUCAGUACAUUGAUGGAAAAGUAUUGCCUUGACUAUUUUAUAGUUUUGUAGGGAAGAUGUGCAUCUAUUUUUCUUGACUUUUAAUAUAGCAAUAAAAAGCUACUUCUAA